AGGAGGAGGAGAGAGCCGCGAAUAAGGGUGAGUAGAACCAGAACCCAACCGUCUGGACCAGUUUUGUCUCGACCCUGAACGGCACACUUGUCCUUUUUGUGCUGCUUUGUCCCUCAACCUUACAUGGAAUAUAUUUGGAAAAAAAAAAUAAAAAUAAAGAGCAGACAAAUAGAAACAGAUUAUCUCCAAACAACAAAUCAAUCUGAUAACUCCUAGUUUAUGCUGAAUCAGUUAGAGAUAUUUGUGUUUUCAUUAAAAGGUUCUGCUAUAAACAGAUCCUAGUUUGGUUUUGAGGACACCAAGCAACUACUGUAAGUACUUUCUCCAGUCAGUUCAAGGAUUUCACAGCAGAGUUCAGGAUGGUUUCUGGAGUUCAGGGUGUUGACUCAGCAAAAGGUUUCACAGUGAAACCCAGGAAGUCCAUGUUCCUCUCGCUGCUGCUUGUCUGGUGUUUCUUGUUUGUCUCCCAUGCUGGCGGCCUACGCAGCUUCACGCCUCAGCCUCUCCAGUCAGAGGUGACGUUGUCUGAACUCUCCAGCACCAAUCGUCCUACAAACGCAGAGACACACAUGUUGCAAGAGACCGUCAAUAAACCGUCCGUCUUGUUGGACUCCGAAGCAGAAAACCUGAAAGCUGAGAACAAACUGAGGGCCAAACAUGUUAGAAAACUUGUAAGUUUCAACAACUCGUCUCAAAACCCUAACCAUAAGCCAGUCCGCCCUAAGUGUACCCAGGAAAUGUCGGUAAGAGCCAUCUUCAAGUACAUCAACACGGCGUUCUCCUUCCUGAUCUUUGCUGUGGGGAUCAUCGGCAACGUCACCUUGUUGAGGAUUAUCUGCCAAAAUAAAAGUAUGAGGAACGGACCCAACGCCCUGAUAGCCAGCCUCGCCGUGGGAGACAUACUAUACAUCGUCAUAGACGGCCCAAUCAAUGUCUACAAGCUCCUGGCAAUGAAGUUCCCAUUCGCCGACCAACCGCUUGGUCAAUUCCUCUGUAAGUUGUUACCCUUCAUACAGAAGACUUCAGUCGGCAUCACCGUCCUCAACCUGAUUGCUCUCAGUGUGGACAGGUAUCGUGCGGUGGUGUCCUGGUCUCGGAUUCAGUGCAACGGCAUUCCCAAGGAAACGGUGGUGCAGAUUGCCGUGAUCUGGAUACUGUCUGCCUUACUGGCCGUGCCGGAGGCCAUCGGCUUCAACCUGCACCGCUUCUCUAUCAACAGCAACAUGACCAUUACUACCUGCCUAGUGAGACCCGAGAACUCCUUCUUGAAAUUCUACAUCAACUUCAAGGAUUGGUGGAUAUUUGGCUUCUACUUCUGCAUCCCUCUGACCUGCUCGGCGAUUUUCUACGGCCUCAUGAGUCACGAGUUGCUCCGGCACAAGAAGGGAGACCUAAAGCGGUCACUGGGCGAACAACUGAAACAGCGCCGCGAAGUGGCCAAGUCUGUGUUCUGCCUGGUGGUGAUCUUUGCCCUCUGCUGGUUUCCUCUUCACUUCAGUCGGCUGCUGAAGUUGACGAUCUACGACCCCAACGACCCUGGCCGCUGUGAAUUACUGAACAUACUGCUGGUGCUCGACUACUUCAGCAUCAACUUGGCGACCGUCAACUCCUGCAUCAACCCCAUCAUCCUCUUCAUCGUCUCUAGGAAGUACAGGCACUAUUUCAUGAAGAUGCUGUUUUGCUGCCGUUACUCUCGGCCGUACUCCAGCACCCUGCAGACUCUCCAACGUGGGACCAGUCAGCAUUUAAAAAACAGCGACCACUGAGGGACUCACCUCCACAGAAAUGUUUUCACAUAUGACCCAUAAAAGUUAUGAUGGAUCUUAUUUGAGCUCUUCCAGUUUUGGGAAAAGAGUCGAUAUUUUAGAUACUAUUUGAGCAGUUUUUCCCAGAAAGGAGAUGAAAAACUGAGUUUAGAUACUUUUAACCUCAUCCACCUUGUUUGAGAACCUAAAAGUGCAAUUCACAAUAAUAUUUAAAUCAAAUAGAGGACAUUACUGCUUCUGAAAAAGGUGUAAGCAAAAGGUUGUGGAUAAAACUAAUGUUCAACAACGCCAUCUAGUUAAACCAGGAAUACUAAAAACUACAUUUGAUAUGUGUAUUUAAAAGAUAAGCAAAUAUUUUACCAUAAAAUAAGAAAAAAUACCCUAAAAACUGUACCGUAAAACAAAAAGUAAAAAGCGUAAAAAGGCUAAAAUGUCCAGCAGUCUUAACAGUAAAAGUUCACUGGAGCCACUGAUCCAGCACUUGAACUGGAUAUUUAUGCUUCCUGGUAACAUGAUGGAUUAAAAACGUUUCAUUUUAUUUGUAGGUCUUUUCUGACCAUGGCCUCUGUAAACAGGAAGAUGUUAUUUUCAAAACAAGACUGCAACUUCAAGCAGAGCGUAUAUACAACCUCCAUUUUUACUCUACAGCAUAUAUUACUUAUUUAUCACUGAGCUUCAUUUAAACAGCCGAGAUAAAUCUCACCUCCUGACGUCACAAACUGUAAAAUGUUUUACUCACCGAUGGGUUAAAAACAUGGAUUAUUUUGUUCACGUUCCUUCUAAUGGUUGCCGAGUCUCGUUUUCUUUGUAAAUGUAUCCAUAUAACUCUAUUAUUAAUUAAAUUUUUUUGAAUUAGCUUUAGCUUUUAGCCGGAAGAGUCGUUAGCAAACAAAGCAGAGCUACGCUCGGCUUUCUACGUCGACGUGACGUUUUUAUCUAGAUUCCGGUGAACAAGGAGAGGAGUGCCAUCUAGUGUUUGUGAGUAGAAACUGCAGGCCGGGUCGAAAUACUUUUUUCGGGUCACAGGAAUCACGUAAUAAACAGUCGGACGUUGCUGCUGACGCAACAGACGAAGAAGACGCCAGGAAGUUGUAGGAGGAUGACGUUUUGUUUUAUUCAGAUGACGUGCAUGAGCCAGUAGUGACGUUUUCAGGAAACAGGAAGUUUGAAUAAUUUAAACAGUAAAAUGAUAAAAAUAUGAAUUUAAUCUAAAUGUAUUUUAAAAUAACAGAUUUUUGCUUUUGUUGAAGACAUUAUUUCACUGGACUCUGAGUUCAGUAUUUAGGGCUGAAACAAUUAAUCGAAUUAAUCACGAUUAAUCGAUUAUUGAAAUAAUUGUCAACUAAUUUUGUAAUUGAUUAUUUGUUAACUUGAUAAUAGGCUCAAAAAAGGCCAUUGAAAGAAAGAAAAACACAUUCAGAGCAGCAAUUAAGCCAAAAUUGUAUAAAGAAUAGAUACAUCUUGCGUGAAAAACCUUUUUUUCCUAUAAUACCCAGAACUUCUCAAGUUGCACAUUUUUAGCUUCUGUAAAAAACUCUUGUUAUCCAAUUACUAAUUUGUUAAUCCAACAGAUCCGAACUUUUCACAUGUUCAUGUUGGCAUUUUUAGCUGCAGAUGCAUCAUUUGUUACAAAUAAUCAAGCGUUCACUAGUGGAUUGCCAUGUUGUUGCAUUUUAAGCAAUAAAAUGUUUAUUUAACAAAGGAAUUGAAUAAUUUAUUUGCAUUUUUUAUGCAUUUCGAAUUUUGUAUGGAAUCAGCCUAAAUAGUUAAAUGAAAAAUUAGUAAAAUGUGACAUGAAAUCUGAUUAACUGAUUAAUUUUAAGGAUAAUUAAUUAGUAAAAUAAGUUGCAUCAAAAAUAUUCAGAGUGAGGUUAUGUUGCCGCAAUAUAACAUUGAUGUAAAAUUAAUUUGACCCGAUUGAAGAACUGUGCCGACAGAUACGGUUCUUGUUUGUUUUUGCCAGUCAGAACCAGCCAGCUUCCCUUAGAUCUGAACCACUAAUCAAGGCGUCGUUCCUGCAGAGGAAGUGAAAAUGAUUUCUGCAGAGUUGACCUCAUUAACACGGACAGGAUGGACGUAAAGGUUUCUACAUCCACUGCAUGAGACUGUGGCUGAAGUCAUGGGAACCUGAGAGAUUAAAUCUGCUUUGCAUUUGGUCCCAAAACAACAACAGUUUCUCUCUUUACAGCAACAAUGUGGCUCUGAAAAAGAAUUAAAGCAGGGAUAUAAAUAAAAAAAUAUUUUUUACUCGAUCUGCUUAUUUAUCUUGUUGUUUUUAAAACAUUUAAAACUCCAAUAAGUUUGUGAAGAUCCAAGGAAAAGAAGCGUAACCUGUCCUUUAGCGGCCUCUGGGGGCUGAAGUUUGUAUUACACCCAUUUUAUUUAAUCUUUUCAUUAUAAACAUAAUGAUGUAUAAAGUGAGACGUUGUGAUGCUUUAAGAAGCCAUUUUAAUGUGUUUGUUUUUAUUUUUGUUUGUUUGUUGUUGUUUUUAUUAGAUGUUGUGUUUAUCAAUAAAGUUAUAUAAUCCAUAAAGUACAUAAUAAA